AUGCUGGCCGUGAUGGGGGCCCUGGCCGAGGAAAUCGACCUGCUGCGGGCCGAAAUGACCGGGGUCAGCGAGGCCCGCCAUGCCGAUAUCCCGGUGCUGAAGGGCGAUUUCAAAGGCACCGAAAUCGCGCUGGCGCGCUGCGGCAUCGGCAAGGUGAACGCCGCCAUCUGCACGCAGAUGCUGGUCAACCUCUACGAGCCCGAUGCCCUCGUGUUCAGCGGCGUCGCCGGCGGUCUGCUGCCCAAUAUGCGGGUCGGCGACCUGGUGAUCGCCAGCCACCUCAUCCAGUUCGACAUCGACCUGACCGCUUUCGGCCGGCGCCACGGCGAACUGCCCGAUGGGGACCGCAUGAUCCAGUCGGACCCCGACCUGAUCGAAAAGACCGCCGAUGCCUUCGACGGUGCGUUCAAUGGCGCAGAGGCCGAGCCCAACCUGAUGAUCGGCACCGUCGUCUCCGGUGACCGCUUCGUCGAGGAUUCCAAGACCCUGCGCUGGCUGCAGCGGGAGUUCGGCGCCCUGGCGACGGAGAUGGAGGGCGCCGCCGUCGGCUACACCUGCCAGCUCAACAAGCUGCCUUUCGUCGUGGUGCGCGGCCUCUCCGACACCGCCAACGAAGCCGCGCCGGACGAUUUCAAGGCCAACCUGGAAACCGUCUGCCGCAACUCCUACCGGCUCAUGGACCGCCUCAUCCCCGUGCAGGGCCUGAGUCGGUACGGUCUUGCCGUCGAGCGCCUCCAGCGCUUUUCCGAGGCGUCGGGCCUCCUCCGGACGCCGCGCCCCUACGCAGGGGAAGAAGCCGCAACGGCCGAGGGACCGCGCCGCGAAGCCGUCUGCGGUCUUGGUAGCGAGGAGGAAGAAGCCCCAGCCGUUCCCGCCGGUCAGGGGCAGCAGCAGGCGGCCGCCGGGGACGAGCCGGUCGAGCCAGGCACGCGCCGGAUAGGUGGCGCCGGCGAAGGCGAUGACCACAUCAGCGGACGGCCCGCCGGUCACUUCCACGCCGUUCCCCGGGACGACGGAGGCCUGCGGCCAGAGGGCGAGGGCCGCCUUGGCAACGGCGGUAUAGUAUCCGGUGCCCGCGCCCACCUGGACGACCCGCUCACCGGCCUUGAGGUCGCGCGCCUCGUCGAUGACCACCAGCACAUCGUGGUAGAGCGCGCGGGGAUCGGCAUCGGGCGUCUCGAAGGCCGGCGCGCCGCGCCGGCGCGAGUAGAUAUGCCAGGGCCCGGCGUCCUCCGCAUACCACCGCCGCGCGGCUUCGAUGUCAUCCGUCAUCCCUGGCUCCUUGUUGCGGUCCGGUCCCGGAUCGUGAAGCAUCUUCCCCUUCCGGCUGUCGACAAUAGCAUUGGCGGGCAUCGGUUGCCGUGCUAUGCGGCGGACAUGCUUGCCAGCCUGCCUGAUAUCUCCUCCCUUACAAUCCUUCUUCUCGGCGCCCUGACCGCGGGUUUCGUGACCGGAUUUGCCGGCUUCGGCACCGGACUGGUGGCCUCGGGGUUCUGGUUCCAUGUGCUGCCGGCGGCCACGGUGCCGCCUCUGGUGGUGAUGGCCUCGGUGGCGGCGCAGCUCGUCAGCCUCAUCGGCCUCAGGCCCCGCUUCGACUGGCCCCAGGCGGCGCCCUAUCUGAUCGGCGGCAUCCUCGGCGUGCCGCUGGGCGUGAUGGCCCUGGCGGCGGCCUCGCCGGACCUGCUGCGCACGGCGGUGGGCAUCUUUCUGGUGCUCUAUGCCCUGGUGCAGUUCUCCGGCCUCCUGCGCCUGCAGAUCGGCGGCUGGGGCGGGCGCUCCUCCGAUGCCGCGGUCGGCAUCGGCGGCGGCAUCAUGGGCGGCUUCGCCGGCCUUUCCGGGCCGCUGCCGCUGAUCUGGCUGCAGCUGCGCGGUGGACCUGCCACCGGCCAGCGCGCUGUCUACCAGCCCUUCAAUCUCAUCGUGCUGGCCACCGCCUCCGCCGGCAUGGCCCUCGGCGGCCAGGUCGACACCGCGGUGCUGACGGCGCUCUUGUUCUCGGUGCCGGCCACGGUGGUGGGCGCCUGGACGGGCGCGCGGCUCUACCACAAGGCCAGCGAAAGCCUGUUCCGCCGCGUCGCAGUCAGAGGGAGAGCCAUGCGGCACAACGGUGGAUGUCACUGCGGGGCCAUUGAGGUCACCUUCGAAAGCGCGAUCGCGCCGGAGGCGAUGGAGGUGCGGGCCUGCCAGUGCAGCUUCUGCCGCAAGCAUGCGUCGCUGGCCGUCUCCGACCCUGCCGGCCAUCUCCGCAUCACCCUGCGCGACCCCACCGCCGUCCAGCGUUACCGCUUUGGGUUGUCCACUGCAGAUUACUUCCUCUGCCGGCGCUGCGGGGUCUACGUGGCCGCGAUCCUGGAGGAGGCGGGGCAACACUAUGCCAUCGUCAUCGUCAACGCGCUGGAGGAGGCCGGGCGCUUCAGCCAGCCGCCGCUUGCCGCCGACUACUCCCACGAAGACGAAGCGGCCCGCCGCCGGCGCCGGCGGGAGCGCUGGACCCCGGCGGUGAUCGAAGGACUGCCUGAAAGACGGCGCACAGCCAUUGGGGCGUGUGGGCUGUCAACGCAUGUGGGCGGCCCUCACCGCAACGUGAUGGCUGCCGUGGCCCGGCCGCGCGAGUUCGACAAGGAAGAGGUGGUGGCGGCGGCCCUGGGGGUGUUCUGGCGCCAGGGCUAUCAGGCCACCAGCGUGCAGGACCUGGUGGAGGCCACCGGCGUCAACCGCGGCUCCCUCUACGAUACCUUCGGCGACAAGCACGGCCUCUUUCUGGAAGCGGUGGAGCACUACCGCCGCCGCUUCACCGGGCGUCGCCUGAGGCGCCUGGAAGAGCCGGGUCCGCUGCGCCCGAAGCUGGCCGCCUUCUUUGGCGACGUGGUCGAGUUUUCGGUCGGGGAAGGCCGGCUGCUCGGCUGCCUGAUGACCAAUGCCGCCAUCGAGAUGGCGCCGCACGACCGCGAGACGGCGCUGGCCGUCGCCGCCAACAUGGGCAGCAUGGAAAGCGCAUUCCGCCGUGCCCUCACCGCCGCGCAGAAGAACGGGGAGCUUUCAGCCGACAAGUCGCCGCGCGACCUCGCGCGCUUCCUGACUGCAACCGCCAACGGCCUGCGCGUCAUGGCCAAGGUGGCGCCGGAACGGGCGGCCUUGAAGAGCGUCGUACGCAUCGCGCUGCAGGCGCUCGAUUGA